UAGACGGCCCGGGAGCCCAGUCGCUGCCAGUCUCAUUAAUCCGCUGCGAGGCGCCAUCAUGGUGGCACCGGGAGUACCGAUAGCGGGGCUUCUACUGCUGCUUCAGUACGGCUGCAGCGUUGUGGCCGUGGAGUUGGCUACCGGUAACCCGUUCCCCGUGGUGCAGGAAUAUCAGAGCGUCGAGCUCUCCUGUAUAAUUAAAAGCACCAACACCAACGAUCCCAGAAUUGAAUGGAAGAAAAUCCGCAACGACGAAACCUCAUACGUCUAUUUCGAGAACACCAUCCAAGGUGAUUUAAGGAACCGCGCGCAGGUUCAGUCCAAGAGCUCCCUGGUGAUUCUCAACACCAGCCGCACAGACACCGGCAUGUACCGCUGCGAGGUGGCCGCCAUGGACGACGACAAGAAGAUCGCCGAGAUCAGCAUCUCGCUCACCGUUCAAGUAAAACCAGUGGCUCCCAAGUGCAGCGUCCCCAAAGCGGUCCCGGUGGGGAAGUCCGCGGCGCUCCACUGCCAGGAGAGCGAGGGGUACCCCGGCUCCAGCUACACCUGGAUCCGCAACGGCGACCCCCUCCCCGCCGACUCCAAAUCCAACCCCAAAUUCAUCAAUUCUUCUUUCACCGCCGAUCCAAAGACCGGCACCCUGCUAUUUUCGGCGGUAACCAAAGGCGACAUGGGGAGCUAUUACUGCAUCGCGAGCAACGCCGCCGGCUCGGCCACGUGCGAGGAGCAAGUGCUGGAAGUGUAUGACCUGAACGUCGGCGGCAUCGUCGGGGGCAUUCUGGUCGUGGUCCUGGUCCUGGCGCUGAUCACCGCCGGCAUCUGCUGCGCGUAUCGGAAGGGUUACUUCGCCGGCGGCACCAAAUCCAGCGGACAGAACUAUAAAAACCCGGCAAAGUCAGAAGGCGUGAAUUACAUGCGGACCGGCGACGAGGGAGAUUUCAGACACAAAUCGUCUUUUGUCAUCUGAGACGUGGCCCCUCGGCACCGAUUAACCCUCGAAAGACUGCACUCCGAGGCGGUGGGGGCGACACAAAAAGCAUCAAUAAACUCUUGAAAUUUGCCAAAGCCUGUAACCAGCCCACCCUCAGCCGGACACCACGCCGCCCGGUGACUUUCUGGCACCGAAGACCCGCGCGACCGGCUGCCCACCGGCAAACGGACCGUUUCCAGAUCUACCGGCGGUAUUAACCUCGUCACUGCCAAACCGCUGAAAGUAUCACUCCUGCACAACGAGUUCGGUUUUCUGAUCUCUUCUUCAUCGAGAUAAGU